AUGGACGACGGUCAUGAUCCGGCUGAAGACCAUUGGUGGUACGACGAUGACGACGACUACCCCGGCGAGGCCGCCACCAUUGCCGCCGCAGAUGUCGAGGACAACUUCAUCGACAUGUUCGGUAACUUCACUGACGAUCUCUACAAGUUAGUGUGGGAAGGAAGCUCCUCCGGGCAACCGGUAGCCUCCACCGUCUCCCAGCCAGAGCUACCUGGUGCGUCCCUUAAGCUGCCACCUUCAGAUGACAUGAUGGCGGCGUGGCUCUACCCCAUCGUCAGUGGCGAGGUUGACCAUGCCUGCGACAGUACGAACGUACCAGCCGAGGUGAAGAGCGAACCGGGGCCUAUGGCCAUGGCGGUUAGUUUGGGAACGAUGAGCACCAAGCGCAAGGGGAAGCUGCCAGCAAAGGAGGACAUGCCCGGUACCAAGAACGAAAACACGGGGACCCAAUCCAACGAGGGGAUGAAGGCGGCAUCAGGAGGUUCAAGCAAGACAAGGUCGUCUCAUCACUCAGGAACACACAACAGUACAGAAAGGAGGCGAAGGUGCAAAAUCAAUGAAAAGCUUAGGACCCUGCAGCAGCUCGUCCCUGGAUGCGACAAGUCUAACCAAGCGUCGACACUGGAGCAGACGAUUCAGUACAUGAAGUCGCUGCAGCAGCAAGUACAGUCGAUGAACGUGAGGCCGGCGGACUCGUCAGCUGCCGCGGUGUACUCCGUCGUGCAGCCGCCGAUGCCGAUGCAGGCCGCCGCUGCAGGACAGGUCCGGCCGGGGGCAGUGGUUCCAAUGGUCCCGUACGGAGCCAUGAUUCCAUACCCGCACUACCACGCGGUGAUGAUGCCUGCUGCAGCGUCAUCGAUGAUGCCGACGCCGGCAACCUCUGCUGCUCCAGAAAGGCAGAGAACCAUCUCCAGGGACCAGCAGCGGCACAAGAAGGAAAAAGGAAAGAGGAGAUUGUGA